AUGUCCUUCCCGGUUCGUCGAAAUGAUCCCCUUUCGUCUGCUGAUGCUGCUCGAUUCCAUCCUAAUACUGACGCAACCGAUGAUCGACGGUAUAACUCGUCUGCAUCGUCAGACACUUCAACCUCAUCGUCCGACUACGAGUACCUUAAUCUCUUCCACAAACUCGAUCAUCUGAAACGAUCCCCGCUGGCAGGAAUGUACAAUGUGAUAGUGCACCAUAAUCCUGAAAUAGUUGUAAACAGUGCCGUUUCCACUUCUACCGUUACUGACGAUGGUGGUGGUGAGAUCAAGAGAAAAACUCCCUCUCCAAUUAUUACCGUCACAUCACCACCGUCAGCGGUUAACCUACAAGAAAUCGCAACCAAACAACAACCAUUAUGUCCACCAAAACCAUCACCAAUACCAAACCAAAAACCAUGCCCCGAAUCCCCACCGGAAGUUCACGUAAUCGAUCAAGAUAUACGCGAAGAGAUGCCACCAGUAGCAACGCAACGCCCGUACGUGGAGAUCACGGAACAGCCCCAUCCGAAGGCGCUACGGUUUCGCUAUGAGUGCGAAGGACGAUCGGCCGGUUCUAUUCCGGGCGUCAGUACUACGGCCGAACACAAAACGUUCCCGAGCAUACAGGUGCACGGUUACCGGGGACGGGCGGUCGUAGUGGUGUCCUGCGUCACUAAGGAAGGUCCCGAUCAUAAGCCCCAUCCGCACAAUCUGGUCGGUAAGGAGGGCUGCAAGAAGGGUGUCUGUACGGUGGAGAUUAACAGCACUACCAUGAGCUACACUUUCAACAAUUUGGGCAUUCAGUGCGUCAAGAAGAAGGAUGUUGAGGAGGCACUUCGCUUACGUCAAGAGAUUCGAGUUGAUCCGUACAGAACUGGAUUUGGUCACGCCAAGGAACCUGGCUCGAUCGACCUCAAUGCUGUCCGUCUGUGCUUCCAGGUAUUUCUAGAAGGUCAACAGCGAGGACGCUUUACGGAGCCGCUCACACCGGUCGUGUCGGACAUUAUCUACGAUAAGAAGGCUAUGUCCGAUCUGAUCAUCUGCCGGUUGAGCGAUUGCUGUGCGCCAGUAUCCGGUGGCAAGGAGAUUAUUUUGCUAUGUGAAAAGGUGGUGAAGGAAGAUAUUAAGGUGCGAUUCUUCGAGAAGAAGGGAAAUAUCACGGUUUGGGAGAGCUAUGCCGAGUUUUCGCACUCCGACGUGCACAAACAGGUUGCCAUCAGUUUCCGAACGCCACAGUACAAACCGAUGGAUAUCACUGAUCCUGUGAGGGUUUACGUGCAACUGGAACGACCAUCGGACAACACCUACUCGGAGGCGCGCGAUUUCCAGUUCAUACCGCUAGACUCAGGUAGGCGCCGGUUCUCGGCACUGCAUCGUGAACUCAUGAAAAAUCCCGACGCUGAUUCUCCCGAGAAUCAGCUCUUCAAGCGCAUCCUGCUCGAGGGCUCGAAUCGAUCGGCUCUGGAGCAGCAGGUCAAGCCCAUCAAUGGUCCAGCACCGCGCACCGAGGAGGUGAUCGUUCUCGACACUCCGAACGUCGAGGACAAACCGUUCGUUGCGGAAUCGGUAACCAGCGAUCAGAAAACGACCGAAUGGAUACAACGAAACGAAUUCAACGUGACGCCCAACAAUGGAAACACCAUUGGCGACGGAGGUUCCUCGGGCGAAGACAAUCAGAUGCUUACCGGGGACACUAACAACAACAUCUAUCAGUCCAACUCGUUCGAUCUGCCCGAUGGCACGGUGAACAAUGUUGAUACAAACGGAAAUGGACUAUCGGCUGUUGAUGCUACUGCAGCUGCUGCUGGUUCUGCUGCUGUACCGGAUGAUGAUCAGACUCUGAAGGAGCUGUUGGAGCAGGUGGCUGAGCUGGAUGAGAUCUACACCGAUCAUCAGUUGCGGCGCGAAAAUUUGAUUCUAGAGCAGGAGCUGAAAACGCUCGAACAAACCGUACCCAUCCAGCUCGGAUCACCCGGCGGACAGCCGAUGGAUAUUGAUGAGGUGUUUGAUGAUGCUGCCACCUACACUAGCCUUCAGCGGGCAUUCAAAAAUCCGCUCUCGAUCACGCUUGGUCCACCGAUACCUCCGCGACCGGAGCACGCAAAACUGGACGCGGGAGUGUACGAUGCGGUCGAGCCACUGCACGUGCCCACUAUCGAUGUAACCUCGCUGAAGCGUGAAUCACAGGAAAUGGAAAAGCUACCUCCAUUGCCACCGAAGCGUGCCAAACCGAGUGUUCAGAAUAAGGAAAACAACGCUCUGGAUGCCAACGACGAGGUGCUUUUGAAUACGAUCAUACGCAAGGGUUCGAUGCGCAGUUUGGCACCUCGUCCACAGUCCGAUCAGAUCAUCAUAAUGAAAUCGCCCGACAGUCCGUUGAACAAGAAAUUGCCUCCAACACCACCAAGCUCACCCACCAAAGGUGCUUCGGCUGGUAGUGGAGCGGCAGGCGCAGGAGACUUUAGCACGCUGCCUAAGAAUAGCAACAAAAAGCCAGGCUUUUUCUCCAAGUUGUUCUCGCGCAAGAAGAGCAAAUCGGACCUAACCGCUAGCACGAAUACGCUCAACCGAAAGAACGCAUCUAAAGAGCCAAGUGUCACGGUAGAUUUUGAGGGUAGCGAGAACCAGGCACCACCCCGUAAAGGUUCACUGCGUGAUUCUUCCGGUGAGAAGCGAAAGGCUGGUAAGCCGGUUGCUCGCAGCGUUAGCAGCGUUAGUGCUCGGCGACCAACGUCAGAUGCCAGUCCGGAUUACAUCUACAUCCCGCUGAAGGGUGACGGACCGACGGGCGGUAUGCAAUCGCGCAACGGUGGUAGUGGAACGCACCUGUCGCUUCCGGGCAAUGACUCGUACGAGCGUGCUAGUACGGCUUCACUGCCACCGCUCGAUCGUAAAGCGGUCAGUGCCUUACAGCUGGAUGUGCCCAUCCAGGAUGGUAAUCUGGAGCUGGUAGCGAUUGCUGAUGCACGCAGCAUAAAGAAUCUAGUCGAGGGCAACUAUGGAGUUCAGUUGGAUCCGAAUGUGGAUCUAACGGAGGCGGAACACUUUGCCCUUUACACCUCGAUCGCACCGAAUGCUGCGCUAAGCGAGUUUGAUGAAACUUCCUGCUAUUAUGCACCGGUAGAACCGAGUCCUUUGAUCACCACCACCACCACCUCCCAACAGUAUCCGCAGAACCAGCAGCAGCAGCAGCACCAGAGCCAAAUAACACGAAUGGUCACCGAUAGUGAUGUUUGAGAGGAACUAAUACAUUUUAUUUUUGAUCCCCUUUUGUGUCCGGAGCUACUCCAGAGCAAUGAUUUCUUAAGCAUAUCAUAUAGCAACGAACAUUAUCCUUAUCAUGA